UCCGCGCUGCACCACACGUGAUCCGAUCAUUUGACAGACAAAACACGGCAGUAGAGCAGAAAGACAGGCGAAAUGGACCAUCACAGGAUGGACAGGGUGGGCUUCCUGUCUCCCCUGGAGGAGUCAAGCGCGGAGAUAAGCAGAGACAGCGGUAUCGUCUCCCAGAGUGCGAGCAGUUUGUCCAUGGUGAGUGAAAUCCUCAGCAGCGGCACCGUGUCGCAGAGCCCCAGCUUUGGCGCAGCAGCUCUCCCCCACAGCCCGGUCCUCGACGAAGCAGAGCCGGAGACAGCCAACCAAGAGGACCCGGACCAAGACGAUGGGGUGCUGAGUUACACCGCCCGUAGCUACUCCUCCUACAUCAGAGCGACUGCUGGAGAAGAGAUCCUUUGCUUGGAGAAGAGCUUGGAGGAAAUGCUAACAAGAGUAGAUGAGUUUGUUGGGAUGCUUGAUAUGAUCCGUAAUGAUACUUCCCAGAUAGUGAACGAGAACCUACCUCAAAUCCAGCAGAAGUCUGAUGAAAUGAGACAGAUAUACAGAAGAAUCGACAAGUUAGAAGCGUUUGUGAAGAUGGUAGGAGCCAACGUCAGUGCCAUGGAGGAGCAGGUCACCCAGGCAGAGGGUGAACUAGGAACACUACCAAGCGCUUUCAAGAAGAUCCUCCGAACAAUGACUGUCCCGGGCUUCUUAAAUAAACCGGCCAGCCCAAGAAGACCAGCAUCACAUCAGCGGCAAGAGAUUCCCAGUGUGUUCCGGACAGAUGAUUAUUUCACAUCGCAGCCCGAGCAGUGACUCUUGCCCAGAGCGCACCAGAACAUUUCACUGAUGCAGCAGAAACCUGCUUGUUGAAACUGUAGAGACACUUUUUACUGCCAUCCAUUGCCAGAGGAUCUGCUGGUGCAGCGGCCUCAACAAAGCAAUAGUAGCCUUUCUGAACAAGUCAGUGGAAAUGAAGUGUGUGAGGACAUGAAACAUUUCAGUAUCGUUCUCCUGGCAGCAACGACAACAAGCACUGAACUGUAGCAAAAUGAUAUAUUUGUUUUUUUUUUUUUUAAAAAGUGCCUAAAUGGGUCUAUUCUGUCAGUCUUGUGAAGAAAAUGUAAAGAUUUUAGAUUUCUGUCAAGUCAGGAGGAUGAUUUCAUCCCACCUGCCAAUAGGACACUUGGACUUGCCGAUAGGACACCCUAAAUGAAGGCACAGUAGACAUUUGUAAAGCUCUAAAGAUGUAUUACACGAAGAAUUAACCCAGCUCUUUUUAUAUGACAUUCCUAUUACUGGUGUUUGUAAAGACCUGUGUACUGUUAUGAAUUCGCUGGUGUUUCUAAUGCCUAAUCAGUCUCCCCCAACAUUACUGGGCUCAUCCACUUAAGCACUCAAUGUCUUCCAAUACAAAAUACUCGCUGUACUGCUGGCCUGCUGUCACUGAUUUUGGUUAAAUACCAGGUGCUUCUCACUGAUUAUUCAUUCAUGUCUUUCAAAGCAUCUUCUCAAAGCACAAUAGAGAUGUGUUUGCCUCGCAAGCCAGACUCUCAUGAGUGAAUGAGAGUCUCAAACAGUGAUGAAGCUGUGAUUUAGGGUGUUGACAAUAACAGAGGAACCUUGGAUUUUGUGGUAGGGAGAAGAACAAUGGUACAUACAAAAAAAAAAAAAAAUACUAUGUGGGCCUUACCCCUCUAACAAGGUGUAAUUAGUAAUGAUCACAAAGCUAUGAUUAAUUAUAU